AAGAGAGAGAGAGAGAGAGAGAGAGAGCAACAUUUCCCUCCUACUCUGAACCUCUCCACCAGCAGCAUCCCGGUUCGUCCCGUUCAUUCUGACCCGGUUCGGUUCGGCCUCGUCCUUUGGGAUUGUUCGAUUAUCCGGGAUUUGAUUAUUAAGUUUAUUUAGCUUUUUUUUUUUGUACCUUUUUUUUUUUUUUUAAUUGGAGCAACUGUUUGUAAAAGAAGAGACUGAUCGGAAGGAAACACCGAAGCGCUGCGGAUCUGAUGAUGGUGUCUCCCGGAGCCUGAGGAGGAAAAAAUAAUCACAUAAAACUCAAUAUCUCAACAACUGGCAACAAAACGUCUGACAUUAAGGUGCUGCGUGGGGUUCCAGCCCUUUCUGGGCGCACGGUGCUGUAACCAGAGCCUGACUUCCACCUGGAGAACUUAGAGGACAGGAGGAUUUAACCGCAGGAAGGAAAGAGAGAGAGAGAGAAACGAAAGAAAGAGAGAGGAAGAGGAGGGUCUCUACGCCACCAUGGCUCUGACCGACAAACACAAAGUAAAAAGACAACGACUGGACAGAAUCUGCGAGGGGAUUUAAAGACACGGGUUCUGAUGGGAGAGAGAUGAGAGUUUGGCAGGAGUUCUCAGCUUCACCUGCAGUAGAGUUUUGGCCGGCGUGCAGGACGGCAGAUGGACCUCAGCGGUGCAGGUUGCUGGACCAGAGACACGCACAGGCGUCCUGCCAUCCUGCUGCACUGUGGACACACAUUUGGUAUCAGGCCUCAGAUCAUGAAUGGUCCCAUGCACCCCCGCCCAUUGGUGGCACUGUUGGACGGACGUGAUUGCACUGUAGAGAUGCCCAUCCUCAAAGACCUGGCGACCGUGGCCUUCUGCGAUGCUCAGUCCACACAGGAGAUCCAUGAGAAGGUGCUGAAUGAGGCCGUCGGCGCCAUGAUGUACCACACAAUCACUCUGACCCGCGAGGACCUGGAGAAGUUUAAAGCUCUACGCAUCAUCAUCCGCAUCGGCAGCGGAUACGACAACAUCGACAUCAAAGCCGCAGGGGAGCUGGGAAUUGCGGUGUGUAACAUUCCAUCAGCAGCAGUGGAGGAGACGGCGGACUCGACCAUAUGCCACAUCCUGAACCUGUACCGGAGAAACACGUGGCUGUACCAGGCUCUCCGUGAGGGCACGCGGGUCCAGAGUGUGGAGCAGAUCAGAGAGGUGGCGUCAGGAGCGGCGCGAAUCCGCGGAGAGACACUCGGCCUCAUCGGCUUCGGGCGUUCGGGCCAGGCGGUAGCGGUCCGGGCAAAGGUGUUUGGCUUCAGCGUGAUAUUUUAUGACCCGUACCUGCAGGAUGGUCUGGAGCGGUCGCUGGGCGUACAGAGAGUGUACACACUGCAGGACCUGCUGUACCAGAGCGACUGUGUGUCCCUGCACUGUAACCUGAACGAGCACAACCACCACCUGAUCAACGACUUCACCAUCAAACAGAUGCGUCAGGGGGCGUUCCUGGUGAACACAGCUCGAGGUGGACUGGUGGAUGAAAGGGCUCUGGCUCACGCUCUGAAGGAGGGGAGGAUACGAGGAGCGGCGCUCGACGUCCACGAGAACGAACCGUUCAGUUUUGCGCAGGGACCUCUGAAGGAUGCUCCGAAUCUGAUCUGCACUCCACACACAGCGUGGUACAGUGAACAGGCCUCUCUGGAGAUGAGAGAGGCAGCGGCUACGGAGAUCCGCCGAGCUAUCACCGGUCGGAUCCCAGACAGUCUCAGAAACUGUGUGAAUAAGGAGUUCUUCAUCACCACUUCAGCCUGGGGAGUGAUGGAGCAGCAGACUGGACACCCUGAGCUUAACGGCGCUGCCUACAGGUUGAACACGUUCCCGCCGGGCAUGGUUGGCGUGGCACCAGGGGGCAUCGCCGCGGCGAUGGAGGGCAUAGUGCCGGGCGGAGUGCCUGUAACACACUCACUACCAUCGGUCACACACCCGUCACAGGCGCCAUCUCCAAACCAGCCGUCCAAACACGGAGAGAGCAGAGAACAUCUGACUGAGCAAUAGCAACACACACACACACACACACACACACACACAUGUAGCACAAGCUCUUGGAAACAUUAAUACAUUAAUACACACACACACACAAUAACUCUUAGCAUGGCAGCCUGUAUCUAACCGUCUUUCCAAUGAAACCACUCGCCUUCCGGGACCAAGACACACACCCACACACACACACACACACACACACACACACACACACACACACACACACACACACACACACACACACGUUGCAGCUCUUGGGACAUUAAAACUUUCUACACUUUUUCAUUUAAUUUUACGUGUCCAGAUUUUUUUCUUCUUCUUUUUUGGGAAAAUGGACGAAGCUCUAUACAACCAAGCCCCUCCCACCACCUUGUGUCUCAUUGGACGAUGCACAUUUUUUCUUUCAUCCACCAAUGGGAAAGCUCGACAUGAUGCGCUUACCGCUUACCAUGGCCCAUCCCUCCACAGACCCCGCCCACCUCCACCUUCUUUUGUUCUUAACGUGGUUUUAGUCUCCUAGCAGAACUUCCGGUUCCUUUAUCUUCAGCGCGAGAGGAUAUUAACUCGAAGACGAACUGGUUAUAAAAUAUAGCUAUAUAUAUUUAUCAGACAAAGGAGAAAGAAAGAAAAAAGAAAAGGAAAAUAAAGAGCGAUUGGCCACCAGCAGGUGAUCCACGUUAACCCUUUCCUGGCCACGCCCACCCACCGGUCACCGAGAACCAAAUGUCUACCAAAUGACAGCGUACUCAUGCUAAGGAUGAUCUUUAUACCGCAGUUUUUCUGUAGGAUCCCGAUUGCUGCGUUUCGCGUCGGAAGGCAGCUGCUUUCUGAACUCUUUACUUUGGAUAAAUUUGAAGCGGUCUCUCGUGUUUACCAAAUCGUACAAUAUUCCCUGAACCUUUCGAAGGAGAAGUCGCUCGUUUCUCGUCCCCUAGCUAAAGGACUCGCUCGUUUCUCGUCAGAAGCUAGCUAAAAUGACACGACGUCGCGGGGUAGCGUUGUAGCUAACGUGACUUCUUUGCUAGCCACCAAGCCAGCCUUUCUAGCUACCCUAACCUACCUAUCCUUAGUAUCUAGCGAACAGUACUCUCGCUGGCUUCGUCAGCUGAACUUCGGCUAGCUCGGGAUCCAUCCUCAGGUAAAAGAAUAAACUAGCGAUAGUGAGCAGCAUGCUAAAAGUUCUGGCGUAUGCUGAAACUUAAGGGCUUUGCAAACACGACGCGAUUAAUUGGUUCAGAUGUUGAGCAACUCGGUUGAUAAGAAAGAAACGCUUUGUUUCACAGGGGUUAAGUGUAACUGUAAAUGAUUAUUAUUAUUAUUUUUUUUAAAUGCUCUGUUAUAGGAAAAUAAUCAACGAAGGGUCAGCGGAAGCGGAGUUACUGCACCACCAUCACCGUGAAGUUGAUUAUUUUCCUAUAACAGCAUGUCCUGAAGCGUUUUAUUCCUCUUACACGACAGCAAUUUAAUUCAAUCAUUGACAAUUUUUUAUUCGUUAAAGAUUGACGCCUUGUAUUUUUAUCCGUGUAUUGUUACAUGUAAACGAGCUAGUUCGCGUCCUCGCUCACGUUAUCGCGGCUAACGUUAUGACGUUCCCUCACCAGCCUCUCUUUAUUCUCUCUCUCGACGUAAAUAAGACGGACAGAUCGCCGCUUGUCGUGUUUCCCGCAUGCUACAGUGACCGAAAAGUGUUUUUUUUUUUUGUUUUUUUUUACCACAUGCGACGCUUUUUCAAAUCUGUCCAAAAUAAGGAACGGACUUUAUCUUACAGACGAAGGUCGUGGCGAUAACUCGGGAGGGUCCUCAGUAACGUUGCGCGUGUUGGACAACAGAGAUUAUCGCUAACGUCGGAGUCGUAACCAGGUGGAUACCAGGCACGCACCUGUGGACGUUCGGGACGUGGAAAUUUCUUCUGGAUUCUCGUCCACGCCCGGGGAAUCGUUUCCGCGCAUCGACGCCAGGACAGCGAAACCGACGCGACGUAUCUGGAACAUACACAGCUUACGUUUCAGCGAAGACACCUCGCUUCUAGAGGACUUCUUUCUUUCUUUCGAGUCGUACGACUCCGACGAGAUUUCGGAGACGUCGGAGGCGUUUUCGCCAGACGGGAGGACGAACAGGAAAGGGUUAAAGCAUUAACUUCAUUCCACAAUGACUCAGGAAAACGAAGACGCACUCAUUUUUUUGCUGACUUGUGUGUGUGUGUGUGUGUGUGUGUGUGUGUGUGUGUGUGUGUGUGUGAGGAAAAGAAAAGCAAAGAAAAAAAAGAUGAUUGCAGAGUUCACACGAAUGAAUUGCAGUAGUCUGUUUCCUCUCUCCCUCCUUUCCUUUCUUGUUGUGCUAUUUUUUUUUUUUUUUUUAUAAAAGCAGACGUCCCAUGUCUUUUGGUGUUUAAAAAGAUAAUGAGAAUAUGAAAAAAAAAAAAAAAAAAAAAAAAAAGGUUUUGCAGUCCUGAUAGAUUUGUAUUGCCUAGUUCAAUGUUCCUGUAACCAUAGUCUGAUGUGAUCUUCCCAGUUCUCUCUCUCUCUCUCUCUCUCUCUCUCUCUCUCUCUCUCUGCGCCUCUCUCUCUCUCUCUCUCUCUCUCUCUCUCUCUCUCUCUGCGCCUCUCUCUCUCUCUCUCUCUCUCUCUCUGUCUCUCUCUCUCUCUGUCUCUCUCUCUCUCUCUCUCUCUCUCUCUCUCUCUCUCUCUCUCUCUGUCUCUCUCUCUCUCUCUCUCUCUCUCUGUGUGUCCUGUUGGGUUUGUUGUUUUUUUUUGCGGAGGAAAGCCGUCCCGUUCAGAGUCACAGCAAUAGAACGACACUAGCAGAAACACCGUUCAGCCAGCACUAUGGUUUUAUUUUGGGUUUUCAUUUUGUUUGUUUGUUUGUUUGUUUGUUUUUGGUUUUGUUUUUAGCCUGAGUAUUUGUAUUUGUUUCUUGUACCAGUUGAACAUUUAGCGGUCGGUGCAGUUCCAAUAAAAGAUAUUGAGUUCUGA